AUGUCAGCGACUCGAUUUGCCCCUCAUCUGGCCAAGUGCCUUAAGCUUGGUGCCCGAGGACAAACAGCUAAAAAAGGGCUUAAUUCGGAUCCAAGCAAGAUCGGAGGUUUACCAUACUCAGAUAAGAAGAAGCUGGGGAAUUCACAAAAUCCAAAGAAACGUGGGCGUCCAAAGAAGAAUGCAGCUGGCCCUUCUGAUUCUGAGGCCCUACCUCCAGGUGGCGAACGCCCGAAGAAAAAUAUCGUUACUACUCCAGAACGUGAUGCUAUGCUAUCGAGUGCGAUCACCAACGCCACCCAAAGGUUAACUAUGCAGAAACUUACUGGUACUCAGGCUUCUUCAAAUCCUGCCUCUCUCAACCGACCCUUAGUCCCACCUCAUCCACUAUCUCAGAGUCAUAUCAUUCCAUCAACAUCUAUGGCCGACAACGGAGUUCCACCACCUCCCAAAGUGAUGCUGAAGCGAAAGAAAAAGAAACGCUCUCAAAGUCAACGCUCCAGACAUUCAUCACAGGCAUCUUCAUCAUCAGAUAGUGAUUAUGAAAUGGUUGCGCAAGAGAUGGAACAGGAGGAAGAUUCCGAGAAUACCAACAAUCCGCAUUCAAGACCAGGAGGGGUACAACAAGGAAUUGAAAAUAGAAUAGAGCCGGUUGAUACGGCUCAGAAGAAACUUGAGCAAGGUGGGCCGAUGUCGAAUGCUCCUCAAGACUCGCGCAUCACCGGCACAGUCUCACCGGCUCCUGCCAGAGGUGCCAGUUUGGUCGAUAUUCCUGCACCAUCUCCCAAAGUAAUUCCAAUGCGCCCGCCCCUCAAGCGAAAAUCCAGCUCGCAAGCUGACUCGACAGACGGGACAGAUAGUGAAUGA